CAGACUUUCCUUGGAGGAACCUGAAACUGCCAACCCCAGACAUGCUGCUGCUGCUGCUGCUGCUGGCCAUGCUCUGCUGGAGGGGUGGCGCCGUUGGCCAGAGGGAGUCCAGGAAAAAUGACAAGAGUUACAAGCUGGAAGUGCAAAAGUCAGUGACGGUGCAGGAGGGUCUGUGUGUGAGGGUCCCCUGCACUGUCUCCUACCCCCGGGAUGGCAGGACUAAUUCUACCCCAGCUCACGGCUACUGGUUCCGCGGAGGGGCCAACAGAGACAAAGACGUUCUAGUGGCCACAAACAACCCAGAUCGUAAAGCACAGGAGGAGACCCAGGGCCGAUUCCACCUCCUUUGGGACUCCCGGACCUUCAACUGCUCCCUGGACAUCAGAGACGCCAGGAGGAGUGACAACGGAACAUACUUUUUUUGGGUGGAGAGUCGAAGACCAAAAUAUAAUUACAAAGACAACCAUGUCUCUGUGCAAGUUAUGGCCCUCACCCAGACACCUGAUAUUCUCAUCUCGGGGACCCUGGAGUCUGGCCACCCCAGGAACCUGACGUGCUCUGUGCCGUGGGGCUGUGAGCGAGGCACACCCCCCAUCUUCUCCUGGACAACUGCUGCCCUCACCUCCCUGGGGCCCAGGACCCACCUCUCCUCGGUGCUCACCCUCACCCCACGGCCCCAGGACCAUGGCACCAGCCUCACCUGUCAGGUGACCUUGCCUAGGGCUGGAGUGACCAGGACGAGUACCAUCCACCUCAACGUGUCCUAUUCUCCACAGAACUUGACUGUAACUGUCUUCCAAGGAAACAGCACAGCACCCACAAUCCUGAAGAAUGGCUCAUCUCUUGCAGUCCUGGAGGGCCAGUCCUUGCGCCUGGUCUGUGUUGUUGACAGCAACCCCCCAGCCAGGCUGAGCUGGGCCCGUGGAAGCCAGACCCUGAGCCCCUCACAACCCUCAAACCCUGGGGUCCUGGAGCUGCCCCAUGUGAACUCAAGUCAUGAAGGCGAAUUCGCCUGCCGAGCUCAGCACCCUCGGGGCUCCCUGCAUGUCUCCUUGAGCCUCUCUCUGCAGAGUGAGUGCACUGGAAAAGCGUGGCCUUUAUCAGGAGUGGUGCUGGGGGCCGUGGGGGGAGCUGGUGCUACAGGCCUGCUCUUCCUGUCCUUCUGCGUCAUCAUCAUCAUAGUGAGGUCCUGCAGGAGAAAAGCAGCAAGGCCAGCAGGGAGCGUGGAGGACAUGGGGAUGGAGCGUGCAGAUGCUCUCAUGAGCUCAUUCUCCCAGGGUCCCCUGAUUGAAUCCCAGGAGAGCAGCAUCCCAGACCACCCUCCCCCAGGUGUGGCUUCCCCCUGCUCAGGGGAGGAUGAACAGCUCCAUUAUGCAUCCCUCAGCUUUCAUGGCAUGAAGCCUCGGGAUCCACAGGAACAGGAGGCCGCUGCUAGUGAGAACUCAGAGAUCAAGAUCCACAAGUGAGAAACUGCAGAGACUCGACCCUGGCUUGAGAGAUCACAGCCCCUGUGCAGCAAAGACAAAGUCAGGGCCUGAUUGCCCCUGACGUAGAGUUAAAAAUCCCUGUAAUAGUGUAAAGAACACAGACUUUGGUACCAAAGAGUUCGAGUGUGUAUCUACACUACCUCUUUACAAAGUAAGUGACAGACUGACUCCUACAUCUCUGUGCCUCAAUUUCCUACUCUGUGAAACAGGGGUGGGAAGCCCUACCUGCAAGUUCACAAUGAGAAUUUUGGGAGUAAAAUCCUAUCAGAGCACCUGCCACAAAGUGUGUUCUGAACACAUGCUGGGUCACCGUGCUUUGGACAGUAAGGUCCUGCUGCGAAUUUCUCCUGACUCUGGAGGUGACCAGCUUCAGACCUCAGACCUUGCACACCGAGAUCC